ACGCGUUCGAUCUUUUUUCACAGUGGAAACUAUCGAAUAUAAGUAUUACAUAAUUUAUUAUUAAUCUGCAUUUGAAAAUUCACCUGAAGUAGUUGUAUAAUAUAAAUAUAAGAUCUCGGACUAAAUUAAACAUAUGUGAACAACCAAAACAUAUACAACUUGUCCUGUUUUACGAUCACGUCAUCAGUUAGUCUGAUUCGAUUCAGAACCUAAUAUUUUGAAAACAGAAGCAAAGGUAUAUUAUUAUACAUUAAAAUGAAUUCAGUUAUUUAGGAAAAUUAGAAGAAAUAUUGCAAUGGCAGAAGGUCGUAAAAUGCCUGCAAACAAAGAUAAAGGACAUCCUUCAUCGACCUCAUUUUCUUCUGGCGAUGAACACAUGUAACAGGAACUACCCCGUACAUUUAGUAUGAAAGAUAUCUGGCCACAUAGAGAGAAAAUGCCUAGAAAGAAAAUGGAACAGGAACUAGUGAAAUAUUUGGAAGAAACAUCAAAACUGAAUAUUCAGUUGGAAUCAUCAAACCGGAACGCUACAGAGACGACAACAACAUUAAUCGAUUUGCAGAAGCAACUGAUAGAAUCACUUAAGACCAAUAAAGACUUGGAAAACGAAAGAAUUAGUUUGCAGCAGGAACUGAAAGACGCAAAUAAAACCAAUAGAGACUUGGAGACAGAAAGCAUAGCAUUGCGGCAGAAACUUAAAGAAACUUUAAAUAGCAAAAGCCAGCAGUCGGAAAGGAUUGAAAUGAUUUUGCACAAUAAUCCCUAUUAUCUGUCAAUAACGGCACCGAGAAAUGUUCAAAUUGGUGACGAUAACACAAUAGUGCAGGAUGAAGGAAACACUGAAAAGCUGGUCGCUGAGUUGGAGGAACUGACUACCAAACUUACACAUGCAAUACAGACAAAUACACAGGAAAGAGCAAAUGCUGAAUCAAAAAUCAGAAAUUACGAGAUAAUGUGUAAAGAGUUUGAAGACAGUCUUAAUACUUUGAAAGAGUUCAAGAAAAUUGACAUGAAUGCAACUAAAAAUCCCAGUCGUGAAAAGGAACUGCUUGAAGUUUUGACAUCGGACCGUACAGACCAACAUGUCAUAACGGAUGGCAUAAAGUACCUGAGGCGAUGUAUAGACGAAAAUAUGGACAUAACUGAACUUCCGUUAGCAACCGAAACCGCAAUUACAAGAAUUGUUAACAAAUGUGAGAGCCUAGAGUGUAGCACCCAAAGUUUUGGUGACAUUUUAGAGGUAGAUUUGUCUGCAGUACUGUCAAAGCUUCAGGAAACUGAAUCAGAUGUGACAGUGUCUUCAAAAUUGGAUAGAAAACUAUGCGAAAAUAUUCUAGUUCACUGGAUGAAUAUGUCUCGGGUUAAUGACGCAAAAAAACUUCUCGAGAGAAUCACGAGUUAUGAAUCAAAACUAUGUACAGAAAUGGUUAAAGAAUAUGAAGAUGAAAGUUUUCGUCCACAAGAAAGCCUGGCGCCUCAGAUGCCUUCGUUGACACUGUCGGAGACAUCAGCUUGUUCAGCUGACAUACCAUCUCAGAACACAUUGCGAGGACAAAAUUUACAAGGUCUUCCCGAUGUUCGUUCGCGGUUCAUACAUCAGCUUGAAGGGCUGGAAAUACUUCUUCAAGUUGAAGGGGACGUGAAAGCAAUGUCAAAAAAGAUUGACGAUAUACAUAGAAAGAUGUUUAAAAUCACUAAACUCUAAUUUCAAAAGUAUCUACAGAUAAAAUUGAGCUUUAAUGUAAAGUUUUUGCCUUUCAAGAUAAUAAAACAGCUACUGUUA